UUGCGCUGUCUGGGUGAGCUCUCGUCACGGGACCAGAGCUCACCGCCGCGAGCGCCCAUGCCACGGACACGAUACUGUGCGGGCUGGAUCCGUCAGCUUUGCUGCGCAUCGCCCCAGCGAGGCCCCGAAUCAGCGAGCGCCGGUCCUGGAUGCGAAGAGCAGCCAGGGCCCACAGCGAACCGGCGAGACCCUGCCCGCUCGCGGUGCUCGCCGACGAGAAGGGAAGCCCUGUCGCAGAGCGCCGCCGCGGCCUCCGUGUCUUGGACCUCCAGGCUGGCCAGUGCCCACAGGGCGCCCGCGACGCCCUGGGCGCUGAGGGAUGAGGCCCUGAUCUUGGCCAGCGGUCAGCAGGCCGACGAGCGCAUCGCUGCUGUGGUGCGCCAGCGGCGCGAGGGCCCACAGGAUGUUUGCAAUCCCCUGCCCGUUGUGGUCGUUGAUGCCGGGUCGGCGGCACGGGCGCAGCAGGCCUUGCAGAGAUCGCUGUUUGGGAGCCGCGCCGUCGCCAUGGCCCAGAUGCAGUUGGAGAGCCCCUGAGCACUGAGCUGGCUGACCUUCUGAUGCGCCGCGCCGCACACCGCACGGAGGCAAUCACCGUGGUCGGGGCUGGCCACCGAGACUGGCACCGUCGCCAGAGCCCAGAGCGUAUUGAGGGGGCCCUGCGGGCCCAGCUCGGACACCCUCCCGUGCGCCGCCCGCGCGAGCGCCACCACCGCCGUUCCGGCCUCGGACAACGGGGUCCAGCGAGCGUCGUCCGCCAGCUUCGCCAGCGCCCAGAGAGUGCUGGAAAUCUCCUGCGGCUUGAGCUGCGGAGCUCUGGCCGAUACCGCGAUGAGAAGGGCACCGCCGUGGAGGCCAGCGACGCCAGCGUCGCUCAGCGCAGCCAGCGCCCACAGCGUAUUCGCCAACUCCUGCGGUUUCAGCUGCGGGGCGCCUCCGCAGAGCGCCCCGAAGGCCCGCUGCGAGAACUGCCCGGGCUCCUGUGCCCGGAGCGCUGCGACCGCCCAGACGGCGUUGGCGCACUCCUGCGGCCGGAAGCGCCGCAGCUUCGCCGCGGCCGUCGCGCAGAGGGCCUGGACGAGCGCGGGGUGCUCCGCCCGGGCGGCGGCCACGGCCCAGAGGGUGUUCGCGCAGUCCUGUGGGUUGAAGUCCACGGCUCGCAACAAAGCUCCGUCGGCCAAUGCGCGGGGCGCAGAAAGGCUGGCUCACACGAUGGCCCAUCGCCCUCCCUUUUCGUCCUCC